UACCAGAGUCCACGCCACCGCCCCGGCCCGCCCAGCCACCGCGGCCGGGGGCUUCGGCUGUCGGGCUGGAGAGCUCCUCUCCUCAGAGCAGCCAGCUCCCUGUAGGCAUCAUGAGGUCCUCGGUUCGAGGUCCGGUGGUGAACGAUGGCGAGGACAGCACCGACAGCACCCCGCUCCUUCAGGGCGCCCGGCAGGCCGAAGCCGCUCCAGCAUGCUGCUCUGCUCGUUACAACUUAGCAAUGUUGGCCUUCUUUGGUUUCUUCGUUCUCUAUGCAUUACGUGUGAAUCUGAGUGUUGCAUUAGUGGAUAUGGUAGAUUCAAAUACAACUUUAGCAGAAAACAGAACUUCCAAGGAGUGUGCAGAUCAUUCUGCUCCCAUAAAAGUUCUUCGAAAUCAAACGGGCAAAAGGUACCAGUGGGAUGCAGAAACUCAAGGAUGGAUUCUUGGUUCUUUUUUUUAUGGUUACAUUAUCACACAGAUUCCUGGAGGAUAUGUUGCCAGCAAAAUAGGGGGAAAACUGCUGCUAGGAUUUGGGAUCCUUGGCACCUCUGUCUUUACCCUGUUCACUCCCAUCGCUGCAGAUUUAGGAGUUGCAGCUCUCAUUGUACUCAGAGCACUGGAAGGACUAGGAGAGGGUGUUACGUUUCCAGCCAUGCAUGCCAUGUGGUCUUCCUGGGCUCCCCCUCUAGAAAGAAGCAAGCUUCUUAGUAUUUCAUAUGCAGGAGCACAGCUUGGGACAGUAAUUUCACUUCCUCUUUGUGGAAUAAUCUGCUACUAUAUGAAUUGGACUUAUGUUUUCUACCUCUUUGGUAUAGUUGGAAUAUUUUGGUUUGUUUUAUGGAUGUGGCUAGUUAGUGAUACACCAGAAACUCACAAGACAAUCUCCAAUAAUGAAAAGGAAUACAUUCUUUCAUCCUUAAAAAAUCAGCUUUCUUCACAGAAGUCAGUGCCAUGGAUACCCAUUUUAAAAUCACUACCACUUUGGGCUAUUGUAGUUGCUCAUUUUUCGUACAACUGGACUUUUUAUACUUUAUUGACAUUAUUGCCUACUUACAUGAAGGAGAUCCUAAGGUUCAAUGUUCAAGAGAAUGGAUUUUUGUCUGCAUUGCCUUAUUUUGGUUGUUGGUUAUGUAUGAUUCUGUCUGGUCAAGCUGCUGACAAUUUAAGGGCAAAGUGGAAUGUUUCAACUAUAUGUGUUCGCAGAAUUUUUACCCUUAUUGGAAUGAUUGGACCUGCAGUAUUCCUGGUAGCUGCUGGAUUUAUAGGCUGUGAUUAUUCUUUGGCUGUUGCAUUCUUAACUAUAUCAACAACACUGGGAGGCUUUUGCUCUUCUGGAUUUAGCAUCAACCAUCUGGAUAUUGCACCUUCUUCUCGGCGGACACAACAUCUUUGUUGGUAUGCUGGUAUCCUCCUGGGCAUCACGAAUACAUUUGCCACUAUUCCAGGAAUGGUUGGGCCUGUCAUUGCUAAAAGCCUGACCCCUGAUAACACUGUUAGAGAAUGGCAAAUUGUUUUUUGUAUCGCUGCUGCUAUUAAUGUAUUUGGUGCCAUUUUCUUUGUACUAUUGGCCAAAGGCGAAGUGCAGAAGUGGGCUGUCAGUGAUUACCAUGGACACAAAAACUGAAGAAAACAAUAAAUAAUCCUCUUUCUAUWAAUGUACUUUUAUUUAUCAUGUAACCUGAAAAGUGCCUUUGAUAUUUUAAUGUGUAAGCAUUCUAUAUAUUAAAAAAUGUACUUGUAUUAAAUUUUAAGGCUUGUAAUCAUGAAGUGUCACUAGUUGCCAGAUUAGGAAAAUUUGCUCUUUUUAAUAAUUAAUAUAUAUGCAGGACUUUAAACUUUAGGUUCAGAUACCUGGCUGCAAGUCAGGUGACAUGAAAUAGGAGAACUCUAUUUAUUGUUAAGGGCCACAUUUAAGGGAAUGAAAUGAAAUAAACCCUCUUAUACUGCUUAUCAAGCUAGAUAAUAACCUCAGGUUUUGGUAAACACCUGUUUUUGUUCACUUUUCUCAUGAAAACUAUUUGUUAUUAGCUCUCUGUGACACUUAGUCUCAAACUUCAGCAUCUCCAUAGAGCUGCUAGCCACUGUAUAAUUAUGCCUGGCACCUAAAUUGAGCAAAGCAUGCCCAGGCAGCUGCCAAGCAUUCUCUCCCUGGCGUCAGGGACAGAGUGCCCAGCAUUUAUCAGAGGCAGCACCCAAGUCAGAGCCAAUGCCAAAGUCUUUGUAUGGUGUUCUCCUUCUGGGGCUAUUAAUGUGUAUAUGAAGCCCUGAAUAGACAAGAGCAGUGAGAUCCACAAUUAUGGUCUUGAUGCAGUCUCAAACUUCCCCUUCCCAACACUUUGGACUAUCUACUCUCAUGGAAUCUGGAAAAAAAAAAUGAGAUGCCCAAUCUAUCCCACAAAUAAUAGCAUCCUUUACUAAAACUAAUUUCAUGUGAAUUAGAGUAUAAAUUCUGAAAUUAUUUUUUUAACUACAUUAAAAUAAGACAAAAAAAUUUUAAAUCUCUUUUUCUUCAGCUGGCUUCAUGUAAGCUUCUGGUUACAGUUUAAAGUGACUUUUAGGGCUGGGAAUAUAGCUCAGUGGUAGAGUGCUUGCCUAGUACUCAUAAGACCCUGGGUUUAAUUUCCAGCACCAUAAAAAUAAAUAAGUGAAAGUGGCUUUUUAAAGACCACAGGGCCUGUGGCCUAUGGAAUCAUCUGUACUGUUUGUUCCUGAAAUCUUAUUUUUCCUGAUUCAUCUAUGGUGGUUAUUGAGCAUACUCUGAGGGCAUUUAUGUUUAAAAUUUGGUUUAUGUUUUGUUUAUGAUUACCUGUAAUGUUUUAACUGAAAAUGUUUAAUGUAAGAUGAUGUGAAUAUAUUUAUGUAAAUUAAUUUUUAAUGUGUAAAUAUAA